AUGCUUCACAGCAAAAUCUGGAACAAGGGGCUCGCACUCUUCUUGCAGAGAGUCCAGAAGGUCCUGACCGUCCUGCGAGUCGCGAUGCACCUCAUCCAGUCAACCAGGCCCAUGCGACCCCUGCCCGAAGUAAGCGAGCUCCAGACGCAAGGCACCUCUGCCGCUCUGCAACUUACGGCGCCUACCAAAAUUGGCACCCAGACCACCGCUUGCUUCUCCUGCUUGUUCCACCUUCAACGCGCCGAGGCCAUUCCCGUCGACCAUUUUCUCUUUUUUCCUUGCUUAUUUCGCGUGUCGUCCACGAAUACAUGGCUGGCCACCGUAAGAUUGGCUCAGCCUCUUUUCUCCUUUCCUAUUUGGCCUUGCCGCGCCGCCGCCGGACACAAGGGCCUGGUAAUCUACUCGAUUGGCCACCGUUGGCGCAGACUGCCGCCAGACGGUCGACGAAGAUGGAUCCAGGAAUGGAACAGGCAAGGAACUUACUUAAUGCCAAAUCAGAAAUGCAAAUGCUUCGCAAAAUGUACUCCUUGCGCCAAGCACCCUGGUCUCUUUUGCCGCGGAUGGAGUCGCGAGUAUACAAGAUUCCAACCCACCUUGGAGCACCGACCUACUCCAAAAUCCCACAUCAGGGAUCUUAAUGAACGGUGGCAAUACCCAACAGUUAUGGGCAUCGGACACCACGACCCGGGUCACCACCUUUCAUUCCAGACGGACCGAAGUCUAGGCAAGCGCAAUGGACCGCCGUCUACGGAUGUCAGGGAAGCACAAGCUUGGACGUCUGGACGGCGUCUAGAAGAGCAAAAUGCAACGAGACUCGAAACACGGACCAGUGGCCCCUACGGAGUACACAGCACACAGCACGCGAUGAACAACGAAUACCUGACCGGGCCUUCGUUUCCAGUCUUUUGCUCCGUUUUCUCUGUUCGUGGCUCGACGAAGACUAACAGCAAGCAAGAGUCGGCGACCGCACAGAAGUUGGAAAGUAAGAGUUGUUCAUGGUAUUCCCAGUUCUGCUUUCUCAUCCGCUUAGACCACCCCCAUCUCAAUUGUCGAGAGAUUGUCACCUACGCCUCCGAGCUCAAUGCCCUGGAGCCGUCAAUCUGCAAGCCAAACCCCGGCAUAUCAACAAUUGGAUCCUCCUCGCUGCCCGCCGCGGGCGGCGGGCGCGAGAUCUCGGCGAACGGCUUCAGUCCAGUCCAAUCGUGGCUGAGUAUGCUGAGGCUCAACUUGACAGCGCUUGCUCAACCGCCGAGAUUCUUACGGCAGCUCGAACGGGCGAUUAUCUUGAAAACUCACCAGACUUACCAACCCCCUAUUUCCCGUCUUUUGCCACUGUUCGCGAUAUCACACACCUCGGUCACCAACGUUCAGACAUGCAGCGUUUCACCUGCGCCUGCUGUCCACGUUGUUCAGACCAUGCACCCGCAAACCCUCGUCCGUCUCCACGUGCACACCUCCACUCGCUUCUCCUGCUCCGCAAUCUCGGACGAUGUUGACGACGACUACGACUACGAACCCGCACCGAGAGCUCCGUCGAGUUUGCGACAAAAGGCAAACCGAAGAAACGGAGGAACCACAAUUUGGCAGCGUCUCACAAAACAUAAACAAGCAAGCAGGCAGGCUUGCCACUUUUCUGAGCGUUUCAUCUCAUCACUGCAGCGAAGCUCUCUGAACCACUCGCUCGUCCCAACACCAACGUUUGGCGGGCAUGAAGGAUGA